AAUCCUUGGAAAUUCCUGGUUGUAUUUAUAGUAGACAGAAUAUAUUAGUAUUAUUUUUACUUGGAAUAAAUUUAUAUAAAAUCAGGUUGACAUUAUUUUAAGUUUAUUCGCUAAACGACAAUUUAAUAUAAACACUAUAGCAUAAAAGUUUCGUCAAAAUGAUUGAAAUUUUCUUUUACAUUUUCUUAACAAGUCUGUGGUGGGCCGCAUCUCUUUCAAUUCUACUGCCAUUGGUGAUACUGCUCCUUUUCAGCCAGAAAUAUAACUAUGCUUGGUUCUCUUUUUUCUACUCUAAUAUAGUUAAAAUACUAUUUUAUCCACAAAUCCUACCCCUAAGGAAGAAGAUUUUUAGAAUUUUGGAGGAGAACCUUCCUGGCAGAAAAAAAUCCAUCCCUCUGGAAAUAUUAGAAAUUGGAAUCGGACCUGGUGCAAACUUGCAGUUUUAUCCAGAAAAUUCCAAUCUCACUGUUCUCGAUGUUAAUCCUUCCUUUCUUGAAGUAUUUAACAAAAAUAAGAAGAACUACCCUCAGGUGAACUACAAAAAAACAAUCCUAAAGCCAGCUGAAGAUAUGUCAGAAAUUCCUGAUGAUACAUUUGAUGUUGUUGUCAGUACCCACGUUUUGUGCUCGGUUAAGAAUGUCGAAAAUGCCUUAAAAGAAGUCAAAAGAGUUUUGAAGCCGAAUGGAAAAUAUCUUUUCCUGGAACACGUUGCCUAUCCAAGGAAUCAAGCAGGAUAUUUCAUUCAGAAUUAUGUGGCACCUAUUUGGAGGCUCUAUCUUGCAGGAUGCAAUCCCAAUCGAACAUCUGCAGAAUAUAUAAAGAAAGCAGGUUUCAAAGAUGUCCACGUUGAAGUCAGCUACUUAUCGGCACUUAUGGUGUAUUUUAGACCAAAUAUCCUGGGAAUCGCCACGAAAUAAUUUCUACUCAUAACUUUAGAACAAUUUAAAUUCUUUGAAAGAUAGCAAUUGAAACCUUUACAAAUAAGGAACUACGUGUAUGGAAAUUCAAAAAUGAUACAUAAAGUAUUCUGUAAAGACCGCCCUAACGUAUACAUAAUUUUAUUUUGUAUUGAAAAUGAAAUUUUUAAAAAAAUUCGUUCCUUAGGAGCAGGAAGUUAGUAUUUAAACCAGAAUAAAGAAAAAAAUUGCUAUCGAAAUUUAAUUGCUGAGGAAGGCGAGACUAAAAAUAUCAAAACCUAAUUGAUCAUAGCGUAAUUAAAAGAUGAUUAAGAGAAACACACUUCCAAGUUUCAUCAAGCAAACAAACUAGUUAGAUGUUUCGUAUCCCGCUUUUCUCACUAGUGAUUUGGCAGAUUUCGCUGUUGUACAUACAGUUACAAUGUUUCUAAAAAUAAAUAAAAGAGGGGAUACGGAACAUCCUGCAUAUUUUUUAAACCACUGAAAUAUGAUGGAACCACUUUAUCUUUAUCCGUAAAAUAUUCGUUCUUUUUGUUACUUUUUUAAUUUGGUUUUUGUUUUUAAUUACCAUUAUUUUUCAUUUUUUACCUAAUUUGGAAACUGAAAAUUUAUAUUUGAGAUUUGAAAAUUAAUUAUUUGAAAUAUCUAUCAAAUUUAAGAAAUUUCGUAGCGAUUAUUUUAGAUAGUUUAAUACUUUUAUGUUGUCUGAAUCAAUUUUGUCAUUAAUAUCUAAAUGUCUUUUUUUUUUAAUUUAGGAAAUUUUUUUGCUUGUAUGUAUAUAUAUGUUGCAUGACUUUUUACAAUAUUAAAAUAAACUUCAGUCAUUUUCCAUUCUUCCUCGAAAUAAAAUUUAGGAAAUUUCAUUGUAAUUAUUUCAUAUAUUGUUUAUAAAUCAACUGUAUUACGUGAGAUCUUGUUUUGCACAUAAUAUUUAAUUUUUAUUUUGAAACAGUUUGAUAAUAUUGACUGUCAUAAGUUGUUCCUUUUAUUUUUUAUUUAGUAAUUAUUAGUAUCAACAAAUUUAUCGAUUUUUUUAAUUGUUAUUUCCCUUUUUUCUUUAGAAAAUAGCUAAGCUUUAAUUAUUUUUUUUUAGUAACAAUUUUGUAUAUAAAAAUGUUAAGUUGUUUGGUUCUCGUAUUUUAUAUUAUUUUCGUUCGGGCACUAUCUCAAAUUAUUUCAAUCUCAAUUCAAACAAUAUCGUAUUGUAUGCAUUUUAUACGUUUGUAUCGUAUUUUUUUUAAAAAUAAAAUUAAAAUGUUCUUUUA